GUAGUAGUAUUUAUGGAGCCGCAGCGAAAGGACACAAAUUUAACGAAUUUCAAUUUUUAGAUCACGUGCCUUAUAAACUUAAUAAUAUAUGUAUAUAUGUAGAGUGUAUGCAUAUAUAUAUAAAUGUAUAUAUGUAUGUUAUAUAGUGUUAUAGUUACAUUUAAAUUUAAGUGAAUUAUUAGAGUGUAUAUGUGAAUGUGUGUGUGUCGUGCCAGUAUUAGCCUGUAGCCUUCUAACAAGACGGGCUGACUGGGGCACACAAAACAAAGUUAUUAAAAGUUCAAAAAAAUAAAUGAAACUAAACUGAAAUUAUAAGAAAAAGUCAUUUUGUUUUAAGUUACAUAUAAUACAAGUAUUAAUCAAUACUUAAAGAACAAGUGAAAUUCAUGUUUUUUUUAUUUUAAUUAAUUAAUACCUUUUAUGAAUUGAAAUGAAUUGAUAACCCCGUACCUAUAAUAUAUACAUACUUAUGAACAGACUCGUUAGCAUUCGAAAUUGAUAUUGAAACGAGGUUGUUGAUUGUAUAUAUAGUAAGUAGUUGGAUUAGAAUAGUGCUUUUUGCAACAUUUAAAGGAGCUUACAAAAACUACUAAUAAUAAAAUUAAAAAAUAUACAAAAUAAUAAUAAUAAAAAAACGAGGCUAUAAACAAUUGACGCCAGUGUAACGUGUUUGAGAUGUCCUUAAAAAGUGAUCAGGAGAUAUUGGAAAAUUCAAUGCACGAAGAUGAUCCAAAUGGCAAUUCCGCACUGGAGCAGACAUUUACAGAGAAAGCUUCACCGCGAUGGGGUCCACAGCAUAAGGGAGCUCAAGAGUUGGCAAAAUUAUAUAGUCCAGGAAAACGUGCUCAGGAAUUUCUUUGUGUCUACACAUGUAUUGCUCUAAUGAUAAUUGAUUUCAUCUUAAUAUUAAAACACUUUCAUUUCGAUCGAAUAAUUGUCACCUGCAUAUCAGCUAUAUGUGGUAUUAUUACAGCAGAUUUUGGUUCCGGUCUAGUUCAUUGGGCAGCCGAUACUUGGGGUUCAGUCGAACUACCCAUCAUAGGGAAGAAUUUUCUACGACCAUUUCGGGAGCAUCAUUUAGAUCCUACGUCCAUAACACGUCAUGAUUUUAUCGAAACAAAUGGUGAUAAUUUUAUGGUCAGCAUUCCGAUAUUGGGAUUUUUGGCCUAUAGUUUUAAUACAAAAUCGCACAAUGACAUACAGCAAGAUUUUGGUUGGAUUUCGUAUUUAUUUUUAUGUUCGAUUUUUGUUGCCAUGACCAAUCAGAUUCACAAAUGGUCUCAUACAUAUUGGGGUCUACCGAAAUGGGUACUAUUUUUGCAAAAUUAUCAUAUAGUAUUGCCACGCAAACAUCAUCGCAUCCAUCAUGUUGCACCGCAUGAAACUUAUUUUUGCAUAACAACCGGUUGGUUAAAUUGGCCAUUGGAAAAGUUAAGAUUUUGGUCAUUGCUAGAGAGUCUUAUCGAACAUUUCACGGGACUUAAGCCACGCGAUGAUGACUUAAAAUGGGCUAAAAAAGUUACAUAGCUACUUAUAGAUUACAUAAAAUGGACCAAUAAAAUUUAAUUUACGAAAACUACAUACUACAACAUUUACUACUAUUUAUUAAAAAAAGCAACACAAAACAAUUAAAUGAAAGAAUUCAACUAUUUAUCUUGCUGAAUGUACAAAAACAAAAAAAGUUUAAAGAAAACAAUACGGACAAAAUUUUACAAUUUUUGCUACAUAAAAAGAAAAAACUACAAUAAUAUAAAAUAAUAUUUUAAACAGAGAAUCACAGUUUAGGUAAUUAAAUAUAGUUAAAAUAGUUUGUUAAAAUUAAAAUCCUCUUAAAAUAAGGCUAAACAAACUACUUAAAAAGUAACACCUAAAAGUAGACUAUUAAACCUUUUAGCAAACUAUGACUAUUUUACUAUUAUAAACUGUUAUUCUCUUUUUAUAUUAAACGCAUAAUUUAUUUUUACAACUUUUUAUAUUGUUUUGAAUAAGAUUUAAAAGAGAACGAGUUUUUAUUGCACAACUAUUAUUAAAUUGUAAUUUUUUCAUAAACAUUUUUAAACAAAAAAUUCACAACAAUAACAAUGUUUUUUUAGUAUUAAGAUUAACAACAACAUAAAAGAACUCUAAAACAUGUUUUAUUUAGUAUUUGGGUUUUUUGAUAUUAAAAAUAAUUUAAGCAAUAUAUUAAAAUAGAAAUCAAAAAUAAUUAUAAAUUUAUAUUUAUAUGGAUUAAGAUGAAAAAUGAAAAAAAGGUACUUUUUAGACCUUUUUUUUCACUAUAAUUUAAGUUUAGUUUUAAUCGUAUGUUACAAAGAAGAAAAAAAAAACAGAAAAAUUGUUCAUUAAAUACAACUGAAAAACUCCACCACCAUUGCUAAACGGGAAAGUAAAUGGUAUUGUUAAAAAGAUAUCAAUCAAUCAUUUCAUAACAAUUAGUAAUAUAAUUUGUUUGUUAUUAUUGAUACAUUUUAUAUUACAUUUUAGCUGUGUGUGUGUGUUUGUACUUAUAAAUACGGUUGUUAAGUGUUAUUUACUCAUAAAUAUGCAAUAGAAAUUUAUCAUGUUGUUCUUACUAAAUAUAGAUUGUUAUUUUCACACCCAUUUUAAAUAGCAGGAAACAAUCGGAUUUUUACAAUACUAGUUUAGUACUUUUCCAUAAUAAGUCAAAUGUUAAAUUUCUUUAAGAUCUUAAAAUAAGGUUAGGUUGAAUGUACAUUAGAGAUGUCCAAAAUAUUUCGAUUUUGCUCAGAUGGGUUUUAUUUUGUUUAUUAGUGUCUAAUACUUUCUGGUGUAAAAUUUUAGUAAUUUUGGCUAACAAUAACCUAUGCCAAUGUCUACUGAGAAUACGUAGCAUCAUACUAACCUCUGACUUAUACAUUCUUAGGAGGCUUCUUAUCCUCCUCUCGUUAGGGCCACCUUAUAGUAUUUCAGUUUUUCAACCCAAUGUUCGAUUAUGUAUUUCAAGUGACCACAUGGGAUUCUCUUGCUCAUGAUUUUAAUUCAGCCCUCGUUGCCACGAAUGGUUUUGCAUUCGUCAGGAUUACUUCUUCAAGAUACCUUUCCUUUACAGCAAGUAAAUUUAUUCCUUUUUGGCUAAUUAUUUUGCUCAGAUGGGUUUUAUUUUGUUUAUUAGUGUCUAAUACUUUCUGGUGUAAAAUUUUAGUAAUUUUGGCUAACAAUAACCUAUGCCAAUGUCUACUGAGAAUACGUAGCAUCAUACUAACCUCAGACUUAUACAUUCUUAGGAGGCUUCUUAUCCUCCUCUCGUUAGGGCCACCUUAUAGUAUUUCAGUUUUUCAACCCAAUGUUCGAUUAUGUAUUUCAAGUGACCACAUGGGAUUCUCUUGCUCAUGCUUUUAAUUCAGACCUCGUUGCUUCGAAUGGUUUACUUCAUCAAGCUGCCUUUCCUUUACAGAAAGUGAAUUCGUUCCUUUUUUGCUGAUUAUCCCCGAGUGGUCUGUUACCCAUAUAAUGUAGAGCUUACCAAUGGAAGAGUUUCGGUAAUGGGUCUCUUACAGUCCAAUAUUUAAAGCUAUUGGCUAAUAUUGACCUUGUUGCCUUCUGGCUGUUGGAAAAUAUGUUAAACUUCGUUAUCGCUUCAAUCUAUUUUGCAUAUAGCUCAGAUUUCCGCGUGGAAGCUAGUUUUGUGAUUAUGGUAUGUUUACUAUAAUCGACCAUUUCUGUUUCUGGUAUUCGAACGGAAAUGUCUGGUCUUUGCGCAUAACCUUCAACAAUAUCAUUUCAUCUAAAAAUAAGAGCCGCUCGGCUGUUAGAUCGAAAUGAAAUCCAGCAAUGUUUUCUGAACUUAUCACUUAUACUCCAACAACAUGUAGGGUGAACUCCUUAUAGUGGCAUUAUGUUAUACUUUUUGUUCAUAUUAGUCUACCCGAUUAUAGAAGCGUAAGUUAGAAUUGAUAUAAUUAUGCUUUUAUAAAACCAGUGUGUCAUAGUUGUACUAAGACCUCAUUUCGAGCCUUUGAAUCGCCUACAUAAUGGUCAACAUUGUUGUUGUAACAGUUCUACUGUGUCCGAUAGUUCUUUCCUGGGGAAAAACUUUUGGUUGAUACAGCUGUCGCUGGGUUGGCAAUCUUUGGCCGAGUCGUUUCGGUGCGAAGAUAUGCUUUGUUGGUUCUAUCCUUUAUAUGGAUUUCCAUUUUAGUUUCUGAUCAAGAUUUUUAACCAUAACGAUUACUGAUAUCGUCCUGUCAAAGUACCUGGUUAAAUAUGAUAAGCUAUGUCCUUCUUUCUUGUGAAAAGACAGGUUUCCAUUUUAGUUGGGAUAUUUGGAUCCUUACCUCUUACGAUAUCGUAGCUAGUCUAAAUCAUUUAUCGGUUGAGGUUCUUAUAUAACGAAUAUGUCUUUUAUGGCCUCCCCUUUUCUCCGUAUCCGUUUCUCUAUUAUAGCUGUUUAUAAAAUGUUGAUAAACAACACUCCAUUAGGAAUUUAAUGAUCUUUCCAUAUCCUUUGUUGUUGUUGUAUCUUCUAAUACAAUACAAUUUUUAAAUAACUAUGGUUCUGUGUCGUUGAGAUCAAAGCCAAGAUGUUGUGCAACCUCAACUGGAUGAGUCCAAAAGUCUUCAGAACUGAGUGAGGUAGGAUUGGCACUGCAGUUAAAAAGGUGAGGACCUUCACCACAGGCUGGGCAUAUGUUAGGGAUGUUGUAGUCUAUACGAGACCAAUAGGCAUUAAGUCUAUUACUCCAUCCAGAUCUCAGUUGUACCAGAACUACUCUUGUUUUACGUGGCAGUAUAUGUUCAUCUUCUGCAAUAGGCGGUGGGCGACCUUCAAGUACGAUAUUGAUAUGAUAAUCUGCAACAGUUUUGACAAAAUUCCAUUACAAAUUUUGAACUUUAGCAAGGAACUAACAUUUAAAUUUUGAAUUUUAAAACAUAAUAUUGUAAAGUCAUCAGGAGUCUUCAUGUCAGACAAUUUGGCCAUUAGAAUGAGUGACAGUUGUGAAUCUUUUUAUUGCAGCAAUAACCUGAUUAUUCAAAUAUUUAUGAUAUUUUUGUAGGUAUUACACCACAUUAUCGCUAAAAUGUUUUCUUAAAUUAGUUGAAUAAUUUUGAUAUUUGUAAAUUGUAUUUAAGUAAUGGUUGUGGAAAAUCAAAUGCUUUAACAAAAGAAUUGCCUUAAUAUUUACACAUUAACAAAUAAGCGAAACGAUUAUUUUUUUUAUUAUAAAUUAUUAUUUUUAUAAAUUAGCAACACGUCAUAAAAAUAAAUUAGCUUUAUACUUUUUAAUGAUAAAUACACAAGAUUAUUAAGAUAAA